AAGGAGAACGUCCCAGGUUGUGGGAAUCUUUGAUUUCACUGCCUGCUUUACCGAGGACUGAUCUGGAUCCAAAGGACUGUGCAGAUCCUCGCAGUUACCAUGCAAAGCGUGAAGUGUCCGGAUGGGAAAUUCUCUAUAGUGUGUUGAUAAAAAUUUGACCUGCAGUGAGAGAUUUAUUGGAAGAAAACCCACGACUGAAGACAAGGGAACAGCAACAAGUGAACCAGCCCGAGGAUUGAGAGCAUCAACUGGAGAGGACCCAUCUGACUCGGAGAUUCCAGUGAUUCAGUCAGGAGAAAGUUGUGCUGUCCUCGGUUUGCGUACGGUGUUUCUCCUGCUGUCGUUUUCGGCGCCCAUCCACCCAUUCACGCUCUGUUUUUAAUGUCUCCCAACCUUUGGUGUUCCUUCUGCAGUACUUACCUCUAUACUGGUGAUUGCCAACCUGUCGAUUGUGAUCGACUAGUCUAUCUUUGAGACUUCGCCAGUAGAUCCCGGGAAAAAGAAAGGAAGAAAGAAACUGUUGAGAGAUUGUUUCCGGGUUGUGGGGUUUCAGUUCCAUUCUUUCUACAUGCGUGUAACUACACAGUGUCCCCAACCACUGGGCCGCGAGGAAACAACCUGAGUCAGCUGCACCUUUCCUCGUUCCCUGUCAGCCCACUGUUGAACUUGAGUGCAUGCGAGGUCAUCAGUCGCCGAACCGCAGUGGCACCCUCGUGCCAGAGAUCACCGGUUGGCCUCGGGUGGCCGGUGGGAAGUGCCGUCACUACUGGCCUGGAGUGCUGCUUCUAAACCUGUUUAGCACACUGAAUGUUCGUGGGGAAUCCAGUGCUAAAAUGUUCGCAGACGACCUAAUUCGGGCUCAGCGUUUCAUAGGUAUCAGAGCAGCUACCGUGCUGUGAUCUACUGAAACAAACUUUUGUCGGCUGAUAGGUCCUACAAGGGGGGGGCGGGCACGUGCCCUGUCACACUCCUUGCUCGGCCGGUCACUCUCUCCGGACUGUGACUGCCGCGGCCCCGGCACAGGGACCUCCGGUCCUGACAUUGUCCUCUCACCCGACCCUCGAACAACCAAACCAAGCCAAGGCAUCUGGCGGCGGGCCGGCAGGAGGCUGUCCAAUGAGGCAAUGAAGCCCUCAAAACUGCUUCGGUACCCCAAGUCCAAGCACCCUGCACUUAAACGCAAACGUGUUGAGCUUUUUCAGCGGAGAAAACUUGAGCAGCGCGGGACAGGAGCUAAGUGCCGGGAGCCAUGAAAAGUAAAUUACAGAAUGGACUGGACAUAAGGAACCAGCUUCGAGUAUCGCUGUAUUCCCAUCGUGUUUAACACCCCCACCCACCCCAUCCCCCGUCGGCCGGUCCGCAAGAAUAUUGUCAAUAUUAAACCGUUCUGUGGUGCAAAAAAAGGGUUAAAAACAAGAAGGAAUUUGUCUCCAGGAAGUUCAAACAUGGCACACCAGUUUGGUUGUUUCUGUCCAGAUAUUUAAGAAGUGGAGCAAGGGAUUCAAUCGAUCAUCCUUCCUGCUCAGAUUGUGGGGAGGGAUUCACUCGGUCAUUUUACCAACUGGCACGCCCUUCAUUUUACACAGGAGAAAGUCUAUUCACCUGCUCAAAUAGAGGGAAUGGAUUCACUCGGUUAUCACAAUUGAAGGUACAUCAGCACAUUCACACUGGGCAAGGCCAUUCACCUGUUCUGUGUGUGAGAAAGGAAUCAGUCAGUCUUCCCACCUGUGGACACACCAGUCAGUUCACUCUGGGCAGAGGCUGGUGAUCUGCUGAAUAUCUGGGAAAGGAUUCACUCAGUCAUCUGACCUAAUGGCACACCAGCGUGUUCACACUGGGGAGAGGCUGUUCACCUGCUCAGAGUGUGGAAAGGGAUUCACUCGGUCAUCCACCUUACUGGUACAUCAGCGAGUUCACACUGGGGAGAAGCCGUACACCUGCUCAGUCUGUGGGAAGAGAUUCACUGAGUCAUCCACCUUACAGAAUCAUCAGCGAGUUCAUACUGGGGAGAAGCCGUUCACCUGCUCAGAAUGUGGGAAGGGAUUCAGACAGGUAUCCCAUCUACUGAGUCAUCAGCGAGUUCACACUGGGGAGAAGCCGUUCACCUGCUCAGAAUGUGGGAAGAGAUUCGCUCACUCAUCCAACCUACUUAGUCAUCAGCGAGUUCACACUGGAGAGAGGCCAUUCACCUGCUCAGAGUGUGGGAAGGGAUUCACUCGGUCAUCUCAACUACUGACACACCAGCAAGUUCACACUGGGGAGUGGCCUUUCACCUGCUCAGAAUGUGGGAAGAGAUUCACUCAGUCAUCCAAUCUACAGAGACAUCAUCGAGUUCAUAUUGGGAAGAAGCCGUUUACCUGCUCAGAAUGUGGGAAGAGAUUCGCUCACUCAUCCAACCUACAGAGUCAUCAGCGAGUUCACACUGGGGAGAAGCCGUUCACUUGCUCAAACUGUGGGAAGAGAUUCACUCGGUUAGCUAACCUACAGAGACAUCAGCAAGUUCACACUGGGGAGAAGCCAUUCACCUGCUCGGUCUGUGGGAAAGGAUUCACUCAGUCAUCCCAAAUACUGGAACACAAGUCAGUUCAUAGUGGGGAGUGGCCAUUGUUAUGA